AUGGAUCAAAUAUUUGCAUCAGAAUAUUUUGAUACGAUUUUUAGAUUUCUUCCGACUAAUAAAGAUUUACAUUCUUGUCUCUUGGUUAACAAACAUUGGGCUGCUUGUGCCGUUCCAAUUUUGUGGGAAGCACCCUUCAGAAUUACAGGAAAAUAUAUUCCAUAUUCCAAGGUGAUCAAAACCUAUCUUGCAUUCAUACCAGAUAGUACUUUUCUCAAAUUUGGAUAUAAAGAAAGGAUUGG